CAGGGUGAUGCACUCGCGCGACUUUGACGAAAAAUUUGUAUUUCCGCGCGCGGCAACCCUACGAACACGCUUGUGAAAACGGCGAUUCGCGCGUGGUCUUUUUCCUUAUCGGCGAGCGUGUGUGUGAUUCGAUUCGGUGUGAUUUGUUUAAAAGGCAUAGAGAUAACCUGCCAAAAUGCCGGAAGGGCCCACAGACUUAGAACUGCGUAGACGGAAUUUCAAAGGCCAACAGUCGACAGUGCAAAGUCGUCGACAACAGGCCGUUUGCGUCAGGAGAGCAUACAAGAGGUACGGUACCAAGAGCAACCCAUGCGUCAUUCUUGAUGGUUUGAAUAUGACGGUUCCAAAAGGGUGUAUCUACGGAUUGUUAGGUGCCAGUGGGUGCGGAAAGACCACAUUGCUCAAUUGCAUAGUGGGACGGAAACGGUUAAAUUCUGGAGAAAUAUGGGUACUGGGUGGCACACCGGGGUCCAGAGGCAGCGGAGUUCCUGGGCCCAGAGUUGGAUAUAUGCCCCAGGAAAUUGCUCUUUACGGUGAAUUUACGAUUAGAGAAACUUUCAAAUAUUUCGGAUGGAUAUCUGGUAUGACAACGGAGCAAAUCGAAGCCAAAAUAGAUUUCCUAAUAAAUUUUUUGAUGCUACCAGAUGCAGACAAGCAAGUCAAAAAUUUGAGCGGAGGUCAGCAGAGGAGGGUAUCCCUUGCUGCCACUUUAAUUCACGAACCGGAACUGUUGAUUCUGGACGAACCGACUGUGGGAGUGGAUCCCUUAUUGAGACAGAGUAUUUGGAAUCACUUGGUAGAAAUUACCAAGCACGGGAGGACAACCGUCAUAAUCACAACGCAUUACAUCGAUGAAACACGACAGGCUCAUUUGAUUGGGCUCAUGAGAGGCGGCUAUUUCUUAGCCGAAGAAUCACCGGAACGACUCAUCAGCCAUUACGGCGCCGAUAGUUUGGAGGAUGUCUUUUUGAAGCUCAGCGUCAUCCAAAACAUGGGCAAGAAACGACGAUCGAGCAUCUUACAGAGUGUAACAGAUUCAAUACACGUGCCUGUUGGUGCUGUGAACGAGGCCGCAGUUCUUGACGACGAAGUUGGUGAAAUUUCUGGGGAGUUCGGUGACAACAUUUCCAUGUCGAGCAGAUCCGGAAAAAGGGUUUCAAUAGCUCCGGAACCGGCGGAAACGAUUCCACCGGAACUUCCUCCUGAAGAGGAAGCCGAGACGCAUUUCACUGACUAUUUAAAAGUAGUCAAACUAGAUCACAUGAAAACACUGAUCUGGAAGAAUUUUUUGUGGAUGUGGCGGAACAUCCCGAUGAUGGCGUUCAUCAUCGGUCUGCCUGUGAUGCAAACCAUUUUGUUCUGUAUGACCAUUGGACACGACCCGAAGAAUAUCAAAUUAUCGGUUGUGAACAAGGAAAUUAACUACCCUAAGGAACAUUGUCAGAUUCAUUACAAUGACUGCAACGCGACAGCGUUAAGUUGCAAUUAUUUGGAUUACGUGACGAAAAAUUAUUCACUCAUAUUGCAAUAUUACGCCACGGAGGAUGAGGCAAGGGAAACGGUCGAACGGGGGAAAUCAUGGGGAAUGUUGGUAGUGCCUGAAAAUUUUUCCGAUUCACUCAGAUCUAGAUUAGAUAAUGGCAGGGAUGUGCCUGAGUGGGACUUGGCAAAUUCGGUUAUUGACGUUUAUGCUGACAAAUCCAAUGAGAACAUUGCAACUUAUCUGACGAGGGACUUAAUCUUUGGAUUUCAUGGUUAUUUUUCAUCAUUUCUUUCGACAUGCGAUAUUGAUCCAAAAAUCGCCGGGCUACCAUUAAGGUGGGAGAGACCAAUUUAUGGAGUCGGUGAACCCGAUUUUACAGAUUUUGCUGCCCCGGGUGUCGUUUUAACCAUCAUAUUUUUCAUGGCCGUCGCUCUCACGUCCGGAGCUUUACUCCUUGAACGGAAUGAGGGUAUCUUGGAACGAUCUCUGGUCAAUGGUAUCACUGGUACAGAGAUUCUGUUUUCGCAAGUGAUCACUCAAUUUGUAAUAAUGUUGUUCCAAACCACUAUGGUGACGGUUGUGGCAUUUGUCCUGUUCCAGUUAACCCAAAACGGAAACUGGGUGGCAUUACUGGGCCUCGCGACAUUGGGUGGAGUAUGCGGGAUGUGUUUCGGUUUCGUAGUUUCGUGCGUGUGCGACACCGAACGGACCGCUACGUACUUAGCAUUAGGAAGCUUUUUACCGAUUGUUAUGCUUUGCGGAAUAAUCUGGCCCAUCGAGUCUAUGAGCGAAUAUUUAAAAUGGAUUGCAAAUGUUUUGCCACUCACACAAGCCACCGAAAGUUUAAGGUGUAUAAUAGCAAGAGGAUGGGGUAUGACGGUCCCCAGCGUAUAUUAUGGAUUCAUAUCAAUCACAAUAUGGAUAUUUAUAUUCCUGACAAUAAGUAUAUUGGUGCUUAAAUUUAAGAAAGGUUAAGUUAUUAUGCAUAUAGCUAUUAAUAUAUUUUCUUCUUGCCCCAUCGUGAUUUUCAUAUUAAGUUUUAAUUUGUACUGUUGAUUACAUAUUUAAAUAUUUUGUAAAAUUAGUUAAGGUGGCGAUUUAAAGUUUUCUGUUACAUAAGAAAAACAAGACUUAAUUAGUGUUAAGGGAAAUUAUUUAAUUUAAAUAAAUAUAUAUUGAUGUU